GGAAACCCGGCGUCAGAACUGGGCUUACUCUGCCGUCCGCCGCGCGCGGGCUGUGUUCUCGCGGGCGCUCCGGUGCCAGACUCUGUAGAAAAGCCUUUAACGAGGAAGACGUUGUAAGAGCGGCUGCAGAGUGACUUUUCCUGGUGAACCGGAGGGGGCGGCCUUGGGAGCAAAGCGGGUCUCCCAUCUGCCCGGAGAGGAUGCGUGCAGGGACUCCCAACAGCCUCGUGCUGGCCAUCCUGCUGCUGUCAGUCACCUUCACCCAUCACACCGUUGAUGGCGGGAUCUCCUGCUAUGAUGACUUUGGACAGCCUGUGGACUGGUUUAUUCUCUACAAGCUGCCCAGACACCAUCAUAGCACCCCAGCAGAGGGCAUGAAGUACAUGUAUCAAGAUGGGCAUACGAAGGGCUGGGUGCCAGGCAGGAGUCUGAUGAACAGCACAGAGGGAGCUGUGGGCCGGACCCUGCAACAGCUGUAUUCGGAGGCCACACGGAGGCAGGAGGACACGGCCUAUGUCCUAUACAACGAUGAGCCUCCGAAGCAGCUUUCCUCUAGCCUCAAGGGCCAUACGAAAGGAGUCAUCUUUUUGGAUAAAAUCCAGGGCUUCUGGCUCCUUCACAGCACUCCUAAUUUCCCUCCCCGUCUAGAUGAGAAGGAAUACGCCUGGCCUGUCAGUGCACUCCAGUAUGGGCAGACUUUCCUGUGCAUCACCUACCCAUACAGCCAGUUCAUUGAGAUUGGGCAUCAGCUCCUGUUCACUGAGCCUGAAGUCUAUGAUUAUCGUGUGGAAGGUACUUUUGCCCAGGACUUGCGUGCCUUGUUGAAUGCUUCAGAGGGGCAGCACAUCCACAAGAAGCCUUGGAAUUCGAGUGUGACCCUUACAUCCUUGCAGGGCAAGAAAUUUGUCAGCUUUGCCAAGUUUCGUCUCUUUGGCGAUGAUCUGUACUCGGGCUGGUUGGCCCAGGCUCUUGCUAGCGACCUCUAUGUGGAGUUCUGGCACAAGUCACGUGGGAUCCUGCCUUCCAACUGCUCUGGGCACUAUAAGGUCUACAAUGUGCAAGACGUGGCCUUCCAGAGCCCAGCCACCAGUUUCUUUUCCACGUCAGACCAUUCCAAGUGGUGUGUGGGCAAAGGAAAUGAUUCUGGCUGGGCGUGUGUUGGGGACAUGAAUCGGAACCUUGCAGAGGAGCACCGUGGGGGCGGCAUCAUUUGCUUGCAUGAUUCAGCCGUCUGGAAGACCUUCCAUUCUUUGGUACACAAUUAUACUGACUGUGAUGGCGCAGUGGACCAUCUGAGAAGUGGACUCUAAUCACUGUGCUGAGCACAUCUUAACUAUCUGAGGGAGCCAUUGCUCAUCGAACUGGAGAAGAGAGGCAGAGAUGCCGCCAAAUGGUAGUGGAUUAUCACUGUAAGUCAGGGAUGGGCAACAUGUGAUCUACAGGCCACACCCGACCUGGGACCCAAAUACCAUCUUCAGGAUGCCCCCCCCAAUUGCUCAGAAUAUCCCCUUGUGCCCUGUAGGCAAAGCGGGAGACAAAUUUACUUGUUUUGAAAGCCCCCAGCAUCUUCUAAAAUUUAAUUUUGUAAAUAUUUUGGCCAUUAGAUAGCAAAAGAGAGCUUUUCCAGUAAUUUUUGUGAGAAUAUGUUGGGGGUGAUGGGAGUCACAGUAACAGGUCUCUGGGAUACAGGGAUGGAUGUGUGCAGGUCCCAGUCCUCUGAAAUCACAGAACUUGCUCUCAUCAGUUUUAAGUCACAGUGUAUUAAGGUCUUAACAUGGAUUAACUCCUGUCUCUUUUUGAUAAUACGUUUCACUCUGAUUCCCUAAACUAUUUUUUUCUUUCUGGGAAGGAUUCCUUGAUUUCCAGACUUGGAAAUACGUAGUAAGCAGGCUUUGCUUUAAAAUGUUCCAACCUCUUGCCAUCAAUGGCUUCUCCUAUCAGACAGUAGCACUGUCAGACUUGUGUGUACUGUGUUGCGCGCACACACACAAUGAAAUCCAAAUUUUGCAAAAAGCACAUUAUUUAACAUGUGUGCUUAGUCUGUACAAUAUUGCAGCAGCCAGAUAAGUCAAAUAAUAUGACUGGCGAAAUGUUAGGAAGAACAACCUUCAGAACACGGCCAAAGAGCCUGAAAAACCCACAGCAAACAUUUGAUCCCGGCCGGGAAUGCCUUUGCGAAUACAUCAAAUAAUAUGAACUUCGUUGUUUCGGUUCUUGAUUCUACCAGUAGAUGUUAGUGUGAAUAAUCUUUCCAUAUGAGAAGCCUUUAUGCCACAGCAAGGAACUGUAUGCACUGGGAAUGAAUGCUGCCCUCUGGGCUUGCCCAGAUGCCCAUGCUGGGCUUGCCCAGAUGUGACACCCUUGGUAGUUUCUUCAGAUACUGUAUGGGUUUCCCCCCUUGUUCUAAAAGGUGAAAAUGCCUCUCCUAAGGCAAAAUUAAGAUAUUUAAGCUAAUAAAUGCUGGUAUUUUUGAUCCUACCCUGUACUAUAACGCAACUCCCUUCCCCAAGAACUUCUUUUCUGAAACUGAGUUCAGUCCUUGGUUAGAAAUUCCUCCCCCCCCCUUUGCUUAUGGCAUGACAUGUAAGAUAACGGUCUGGAUCCUACUGGUGUUUGUGUGAGAUCAGCAACAAUUGACAAGCAGUUGAAGGUAUGUUUUGGUUGCAUUACCUGGUUACUUGUCCAUCUGCACAACCAAGAUGUGCUGUAUCACCGUGUCAAAUAGGUGCAGCAAUUUUUCUGAACUAUGCACAAGUAAACAGGAUUCUAGGUUACUGUCAUUAAAACCUGAAAAUCUUUCAAUGCAA